GUUAGUCAGCAGCGAAGUAAAGAGAGGAUCGUUUCGUGUAGUGCAUUGAUUUCUUUUACGCGCAUUCUUCAUUCCUUUUUUCGUACUUUAUCGGCUUCUGUUAUCAAGAGUGCAUUAGUGAUAGAGAAAAAAAAAUGGCCAGUCAAGCUGAGGUUCCAGCGGUUUUGAAAAAGCUGUUCAGCCACAUCGAUGCCAACAAAGCAAAGUACAUUGCGGCCUUGGCCGAAACGGUCGCCAUCAAAUCCGUCUCCGCUUGGCCCGAUUCGAGACCGGAGAUCUUCCGUAUGGUCGACUGGGUAGCCGAUCGGCUGCGGGCACUCGGAGCAACCAUCGAACUGGCUGACGUCGGAAAGCAGACCCUCUCGGAUGGGCGUGUACUUGAUCUGCCCAAAGUGAUCCUGGGAUCGCUGGGAAAUGACCCAGCUAAAAAGACAGUCGUUCUCUACGGACACCUCGACGUUCAGCCAGCGAUUCUAGAGGACGGUUGGGACACCGAGCCGUUCGUGUUGACGGAGAAGAAUGGCAAACUGUACGGCCGUGGUGCCAGCGAUGAUAAGGGACCGGUGCUCGGUUGGAUCCAUGCGAUCGAAGGUUUCAAGGCGAUCGGAGAGUCCCUUCCGGUGAAUUUGAAAUUUGUCUUCGAAGGAAUGGAAGAGUCCGGCAGCGAAGGCCUAGACGAUCUGUUGUACAAGCGGAAGGACGAUUUCUUAUCCAACGUGGAUUUCGUGUGCAUUUCGGAUAACUACUGGCUUGGUAAGGAUAAACCAUGUGUCACGUAUGGACUGCGAGGUAUUUGCUAUUUCGAAGUCGAGGUGGAAUGCGCUGCCAAGGAUCUGCACAGUGGCGUUUUCGGCGGAACAGUAUACGAAGCGAUGAAUGAUCUGGUCUACCUGCUGGGAACACUGACCGAUAAAGAGGGUAAGAUCUUGAUUCCAAACAUUUACAAGGAAGUAUCUCCGCUGUUGCCCAACGAACAGGAGAUCUAUGAUGCAAUUGAGUUCGACGUAGCCGACUAUCGCGAUCAGUUGGGUGCGAACCGGCUUCAACACAACGAGGAUAAGACGAAGAUCCUAAUGCACCGCUGGCGCCAGCCAAGUCUUUCCAUCCACGGUGUAGAGGGAGCUUUCUACGAGCCGGGACAGAAAACUGUAAUCCCUAAGAAAGUUAUUGGCAAAUUUUCCAUCCGUAUCGUGCCCGAUCAAACUCCCGAUCUGGUGGAGAAUUAUGUCUCCAAAUACCUCACUGCCAAGUGGGCCGAACGUGGCUCACCUAAUAAAUUUGCCGUAAGAAUGGCCCACGGUGGAAAGCCCUGGACAGAAGACCCAAAUCAUCCACACUAUCAAGCCGCAAGGAUUGCCACUCAACAUGUCUACCAGGUGGAUCCGGAUAUGACACGCGAGGGUGGAUCGAUUCCGGUGACACUAACUCUGCAGCAGACUACCGGCAAGAAUGUACUGCUACUGCCGAUGGGUGCCUCGGAUGACGGCGCUCAUUCGCAAAAUGAGAAAAUUGACGUUCGCAACUAUAUCGAGGGGACUAAAUUGCUUGGAGCUUAUUUGUAUGAAGUGUCAAAGAUCUAAUCUAGAGGAAUACGAGAAUGUUAUGGUUUCAAUAACACUAAAUUUAUGAUAAGAAUACUUGCAAUCGUCGGGAAAAGUAAAUUUCAACUCAUUGUAAACCUUGUAAUGAGCAUUAUAUUUUCUAGCAUUUGAAAAGAGAUCACGUGAGUUUGUCACACGUUGCGUACUGUAUAAGAUUAAGUGUUGAACUAUCAAUUUUUUGUUAUAUGAUUAAACCGAAUAAACAUCACACAUGAACAUCACAGAAA